GCGCGUCUACAAGCCGUGCCGGGAACUCGAGUGUGCGUCCGUGCGUGGGCGCUCCAAGCUCCCGACGUCGGCUUUCGGCGGUCCCAGCUCCGCGCCAGGGCCCAGGUUUCAAGCUGUCUGUGCAAGGGGAGGGGGCUGAGGCUUGCUGCCCUGGGUGGCUGGAGGACCUGCUGGAGCUGCGGGAGGAGGCGCCACAGGUGUUCCUUGGGCCACUUCGCCCUAGGAGGGGAGCCAGGCAGGAAGGGUUAGCGUCCUGGCCUGUGCACCGCGGCUGUCAGGAAGGCGUAGAACAGAUGGGGGUGGCGGUGGGGAGAGGACGUCCAGGGUGCAGGGUGAUUGCUUGCCCUUCGAGGAAGGCACACAGUUAGUGGCAACAACUCUAGUAGGGAAAUUUCUUGGCAUCAAGCAAAAGAAUCCCCUUCCUUCCCAAAGGAUUCGAAUUUGGGGAGAAAAGUUCUGGUAUCUGUGUAUUUUGUCUCUUUUUCCUGCACGUAAAUCCUGAAACUAUCACUGGCAAGCCUGUCUUCUCCCAAGACUGUCUAGGAGGGGGUGAAGGAAGGGGCAGAAGUGUUUUUGCCCAAGAUGCUGAAAAUAUUUGGAGGGCAGUUUUAUUCCAGUGAAAGUCCCUCCCUCGUGGAGUACCUGGGACCUGGCUGAAGCCAACAUGCCCAUCACUCGGAUGCGCAUGAGACCCUGGCUAGAGAUGCAGAUUAAUUCCAACCAAAUCCCAGGGCUGAUCUGGAUUAAUAAAGAGGAGAUGAUCUUCCAGAUCCCAUGGAAGCACGCUGCCAAGCAUGGCUGGGACAUCAACAAGGAUGCCUGUCUGUUCCGGAGCUGGGCCAUUCACACAGGCCGAUACAAAGCAGGGGAAAAGGAGCCAGAUCCCAAGACAUGGAAGGCCAACUUUCGCUGCGCCAUGAACUCCCUGCCAGACAUUGAGGAGGUGAAGGACCAGAGCAGGAACAAGGGCAGCUCAGCUGUGCGGGUGUACCGGAUGCUUCCACCCCUGACCAAGAACCAGAGGAAAGAGAGAAAGUCCAAGUCUAGCCGAGAUGCUAAGAGCAAGGCCAAGAGGAAGUCAUGUGGGGACUCCAGCCCUGAUACCUUCUCUGAUGGACUCAGCAGCUCCACCCUGCCUGAUGACCACAGCAGCUACACAGCUCAGAGCUACAUGGGGCAGGACUUGGAGAUUGAACGGGCCCUUACUCCAGUGCUGUCAUCAUGUGCUGUAAGUAGCACUCUCCCCGACUGGCACAUGCCAGGGGAAAUUGUGCCGGACAGCACCAGUGACCUGUACAGCUUCCAAGUGUCGCCUAUGCCCUCCACCUCUGAAGCUGCAACAGACGAGGACGAGGAAGGGAAAUUAACUGACGACAUCAUGAAGUUCUUGGAGCAGUCGGGGUGGCAGCCGACAAACGUGGAUGGCAAGGGAUACCUGCUCAAUGAACCUGGGGCCCAGCCCCCCUCUGUCUAUGGAGACUUCAGCUGCAAGGAGGAGACAGAAGUCGACAGCCAUGGGGGGUAUAUUGGGCUGAUAUCUUCAGAUCUGAAGAACAUGGACACCAGCUGGCUGGACAGCCUGUUGACCCCAGUCAGGCUGCCCUCCAUCCAGGCCAUUCCUUGUGCUCCAUAGCUGGGCCCCUGGCCCCCUUUUACUCCCCUAGGUGAGCAGGACCUGGCAUCAUGGUGACUGUGGUGCAGAGAAGCAGGACUCCUGUGGGCCCUUUUGACAUGGCAAAGCGUGACCCCACUGCCGAGUGGGGAUGGGGCCUCCCUCCUUGGGACGGUGGCCUCUUGGGGCCUGCCAGGCCAAGGUCUGGGCUCAUCUUGUGGGGGUAAUGCUGGCCCUGCCUCCUCGGAAGAUGGGGUUCUGAGAUUGGUGUGUCAGGUGGAAGUCUCAGAAAGGAGUCAGCCUCCAGCUUUCCCCUCUAUGCCCAGCUGCCUGGAGAGGGUCUCACUGUCACUGAGCUGGCCCAAGGGAAUGGACCAGUGACCUCAGAAAAGCACAGCACCGACCCCAGGGCUGGCUCUGCACUAAGAGACAAUUGCACUAAGUGAAUCCUGUUCCCAAAGAACCACCUCCCUUCCCAGCUGAGCCCUGGGGACUGUUCCAAAGCCAGUGAAAUGUGAAGGAAAAGUGGGGUCCUGCGGGACAGUACUCCCUCAGCCUCGGAGGAGCUCUGCCCUGCUCCCUGCUCGGGCUGAGGGGCUCGGGAAAAAACAUGGCACUUUUUCUUGUGGAACUUGCCACAUUUCUGAUCAGAGGUGUACACUAACGUCUCCGCUAAGCUCUUGGACUUUGCAUUUAUUUAUACAGUGCCUUGCCCUGCGCCCACCUGCCCCCUCAGGCAGGCCCCAGCAGCCCUCAGGAGGCCCAGGGAGGGAAGUGUGAGCGCCUUGGAAAAUUUUUAAAAUUGGAAAACGCCAUCUGACCACUAAGUCAUGUGUGAUCACAUAUGUACAUGUCUGUAAAUUUGUACAUUUGUCUUUUUAUAAAAAGUUAAUUGUUUA